AUGCCCAAGGCCGGGCUGGUUGAAGAGGCGGCCGAGGCCAUCCAGGAAGAGCUGGCGACAUCACAUGACAUUGUGAUUGCCACUGACGGCUCUGCCAAAAAUGGAGUUGCAGCUCACUCGAUUGUUGUCAACAAACGCGACCGGGUGUUCGCCGGUGGCAAUGACAGCGAGGAUCAGUCCUCGUUUCGUGCAGAGCUGUGUGCUUUAAAGCUUGCUUUGGAAGCGGUCAGAGUCGCCAGCUGCAAUGGCGCCACUGGAAGUGUCACCAUCGCCGUUGACUGCGAGGCCGCUCUUAAAGCCCGCUUUAAUUGCCCGUCGAUGCCACUCUUCGGAAUGAGGCUUAGCUCGCUUGCUGCUGAAAUUCGGAGUAAUGGUGUUGAGCUCAUUUUCAUAUGGGUUCCUGCACACAACCGCCAUACGAGCUGGAGGUCCCCACUCUCUGCAGUCACGGCAGACCGCCUGCGGGCCCUCAAUGAUGCUGCAGAUUGCUCGGCCAAGGAGUGUGUCCACAGGAGGCAUGGGAAGCUGCUGCUAUCCGCGCUUCUGGCUGGGCGGCUCAAA